AUGGACCUUCCGACCGAGCGCGAGACCUCCUCGAUUCCCCGCGACGCCGCCGGUCGCUGGGAGUACCCCUCGCCUCAGCAGUUUUACAACGCGCUCGUGCGCAAGGGAUGGGAGACUCCCGAAGAGCAUGUCGAGACUAUGGUGCAGAUACAUAACUUCUUGAACGAGAUGGCGUGGGACGAGGUGAAGCGGUGGGAGGAUCAGGUGAACAAGAGUGAGGAUCUGCAGCUCGUCAAGUUCAAGGGCCGUCCAGGCGAGCUCUCCCCGAAAGCACGCUUUUGGCUCUUCGCAGGCUGGCUGCUACCUAUGCGAUUUAACAACGAACCUCCAUUCGACCGACACGAUUGGGUCGUCCGCCGACCCUCGACGGGUGAGGAGGUGCGCUACGUCAUCGACUACUACAGCGCUCCGCCGCUCUCCGACGGAUCCCCCGUGUUCUCGCUCGACGUGCGCCCGGCGCUCGACAGUGUCAGUAGUAUCGGCAUGCGUAUACGCGCUGCGACUGAAGGCAUCUGGAAGGAUGCGCGCGAGGAGGGCCGGAUGUGA